CGUGUUUCCGUUUGAUUGAAUGUCAAAGUCAAAUGUCAUAUUGUCAUAUGGUUUUGCGGUUUUUUGGUGUUGUGAUUUUAAAAUGUCCGUUACAAUUUUCUUCUUUAUUCAUUGAAAUCAACAUUUUAUUUUAUUUAAUUUUGUUGUAUAAUAGCGGUUAUUAUCACAGUUAGAACAAAAUCUUCCAUAUAGCCACGUGCGAGUUAUUAUUUUUUGGAAAGAUUGGUCCACAAAAUGAAUCCUUCAGCGGACGAAUUCUUCCAAACACCCAAACUAGUCAAAUCCACUGGCCUAACUACCUCAACUGUUGUGAAAGAAAAGAAAAAGCUCGAAUUUCUGGAACCAUAUCCAGUUGUAAAUCAAGAUACCUCUUUGGGCAUUUUGUCAUUGAGCAAUGUAAAUAUAUCAAACAUUUUCAAUCAGACCGCAACAAAAAAACUUAACGCCGAUGACAUGUUGAAACAGCAAAGGCAUCUGGCCAAUAACACUUUAGAUAGAGCUUCAAGAGUUUCGUUGCAACAAGGCAAUUUUUUAUUGGCCAGUUCCAAUUCAGAAAGUACCAUUAGCGAAAGUGAUGUUUUGCUGCAAACGCCUAGAAGUAAUGGUAAGCUUAGCGGGGAUUUGGUGCCUCAAAAUACUUCAACUCCUCGCAGUUCGGAUGUUGCCGCUUCGACUACAGGAAGGGAAUCAAUUUUUUCCAAGUUUAUUGAUAUGCUCGACACUGAUAUGAGUACUCAUAAUGCUUUUGAGGAAUUUAAACAGAUUGUUGAAGCUAAUAAAAACGAUAGCAGCCUUUUUAUACCAGCAGAACAAUCAGCUGCAAAACUCUUACUAGCUGACGAAUUAUCAUACAACAGAAAACAACUACCAAUUGAAGAAAACUUCACCUCGUUCCAAUCGUCCAAAGAUAUUCCCUCAAUGUCGAUGAGCGAAUUUUUCAUGAAGGGCUCCGAUUUACCCGAGCUCCAAGCAAAAAAUCCUCCAAUAGCUGUUCCAGAACCACUUGUAGAAACAACCGCCUUUUCAACGACCCUCCCAUCAAAUAAAAGCUUGAGCAUUAGCACUAUACAGCAUCUUAUCGCCGCAGAAUCACCAAAUAAAUUCAUGGACUACAUAGCUAAACCACAUAAACAAACAAACGAUUUUAGGGAGUCCAGUGAUAUUUUCAGUUUGCCUGUUAGUCAGAACACUUCAUACACCAGCUCGUAUUCUGAUAAUGAAGCAAUUGAAGUUGCCGCAACUCAACAUGAAAACAAAGAAAACCGUGAACCUCCAAACACGAAGCGCCAAAUUGAAACUCCCACCCCCAAACCGCCGUCGCCAGGCCCAUCGAGAAGCUCCAGCUCUCUAACAUGUCUGCCCAAUGGAAAGUUGCCACUCGAAAGCACGGUGGCCGAAAUUGUUUGGGGCUGCGUCAAGCCCAACAAGUGCAAUACCAAGAAAUUCAUGCUCAGAAAUAGAUCGCCUAAAACCCUAAGAAUCCAGUGCUCAGUGUCCACUCAAGAGUUCAAAAUUCGAAAGGACAACAGCGACAAUUCUGAUCAUUUGAGCACUUGCAAGCUGGUCUUGUACGGGCACGAGUCCAGGCCUUUAGUUAUUUCAUUUGUGCCUACCAAAAUGGGGCCUGCUCUGGAUGAAUUAUGCUUUGCACCUUUAGAUUCUAAUUUGACUCAGACUAGGAAACAGUGUGUGCGUUUGUGGGGAUAUGGUGGAUACAUGAAUAUUGAAUACUUGAAUACUAGCAGGGAUAGUACAGGUAAAUAUUGGCUCUCUUUAGGAAAAAUGGACAACCGCGUUCUGGUAGAACAAUCCUUCAUAGUAAAAAACACCGGAAAUCUAACAUCUUUCACUUACAUAAAAGUAAUUCCAAAAAACCUAGUAACAUUUUCCAACGUGAAAAUCGAACCUAACAUAUUUGUGCUGCUGCCGAAUCAAGAAAAAACUGUCACAGUCACUUACAUCCCGAAUGCAAAAGAUUGUCAAUUCCUAAAACAAAAUAGAAACGUGUUUGUGAUGGAUAUUGGAAAACUAGAGAUUGUUUCGGGGCCUGAAGUGAACAGAGCUCGUUUGAGGCGACUUUGCAGAAAGAGCAUUGAAAAGGGACUUAAAGUUGAUACUUUAACCAAAACCCUUUCCGAAAAGAUUCCUGCCGAAUCAAUUACAAACGACAUCUUGAAAUUCAAAGAAUCACCGAAUGCCAUACCAGAUCUUCUAGAAACUUUCACCAAUGGCGAAAUAGUGCUGACCAUCGAACAAGAUCCAAAUCAAACGCUUGUAGCUGAAUACCCUGAAGACUCGAUAAUUUACCAAACACUUUGUGAAUCGCAGGACGAAACAGUGUUGCAAGUAGUGCCAAAAUCUUGCCGACUCGAGCCGACAGCGUUAGUGUUAUUCCCUCCAUCCAAAUCAGAAGACCUCUUGUUUCUUAUUUCGGACUCUCCAAACACUUUAUACUACGAAGUCAAUUCUAAUCCUAAAGGUUUGCAUGUAACUCCUACAGACGGCGCCCUAGCUCCUGGUGGUACCGCCGAGCUGAAAAUAAAAUUGUUAAAGGAGGCAAAGGAGUCGGCAUUUAUGAUUUUGGUUUACGUUGAGAAUGAAGUCUUUGAAGCCGAAGUUAAAGUGUUGCUUAACGGCGGCAGGAGUAAGGGGCAUUUUUUAGAAUAAAAGGCUGUAUGAACUGUUUUAGGAUGUAAUUGUUUUGCACUGGAUACUUAUGUUAUUGGAUUAGUUUUGUUAUACUUGUUUUUAGUUUUUGAUUUUUUGUAUGUAAGAGCUAAACUUUUGAUACGGCCUCUGAGAUUGUUUUUUUUUUUAUUUUUUUUUUACCUACUUAGUUAAUAUAGUUUCAAUUUUUUAUUAUUAAUAAUGGUUUUUAAUUGCCUCAAAUCUUCCAUGUCCUUCAGUUUCG